GCAAAACACGGAAGCUAGCCAGCAUACUGAGCUCGCAUUCUAUUAACGGUAUCUUUGUUUACUUCAGCAUGUAAUUUCUUUUCAAUAAUACAUAUCAGUUGUUUUACAUAAUGUUUAAUAAGUCGUACCAGCUGCUCCCUCACAAGGACACCGGCUGUCAGAGGACUCCUGGCUUGUUUGUGGACACUGACCACCAAGGCUUCUCUUUUGACAACAUCCCCAAUGUGUCUGAACACGACUUCACUGAUGCCUCCCAAGGAUGGCUGUCCUGGAUCUGCAACCUCAUCGUCAUCUUCCUUGUUUACAUCUUCACAUUCAUAACAUUUCCUAUAUCAGGAUGGUUUGUACUCAAAACUGUGCCUAACUACCAGAGGAUAGUCGUGUUUCGUCUGGGUCGAGUUGGUCCUCCCAAGGGUCCUGGUAUUGUCCUUGUGCUGCCCCUCAUUGACCAGUGGCAGAGAGUAGACCUGCGCACCCGGGCUUUCAACAUCCCUCCCUGCCAGGUGAACACUCUGGAUGGCGGCAUUCUGUCAGUGGGAGCAGACAUCCAGUUCAGGAUCUGGAGCCCCGUCAUGUCAGUGCUAUCAGUCCAGGACCUGAAUGCCUCAACCAGGAUGACCGCACAGAAGGCUAUGACCUACAGUCUGGCUAAGAAGACUGUCAGAGAGAUCCAGACUGAGAGGGUUAAACUUGGAGAAUAUCUCGGGAUGGACAUAAAUGAGAUGACUCGACCCUGGGGGCUGGAGGUGGACAGGGUAGAGCUUACCCUGGGCUCUCUACUAAAAGCACCUGACGGAGGCCACUCUGGAACCCUCAUCAUGCCACCUUCUGUGCCUGGACUUGAAGGCCUCACUGGCUCCAUUCAGCAGUUGGCCAUGCACUUUCUGGGCCAGAGUGGCAUUUUGCAGCCUCAAAAAGACGACAGCAUAACUUUUGCAGAUGAGCUCAGCAUUGCCCCUCAGGACGUUGUCGUCACACCAGGUUCUGUUGAAGAGCUGCUUGGCCGGGUCAAGCUCGUGCUCUCGGAAACUUUGGUCCACCAGGUUGGGGCCUGCUUUCAGUUUAACAUAUGCUUGGAAGAUGGACAACACCACAGUUACUAUGUGGAUCUGAGCCAAGGAAGCGGUGCAGCUGGAACAGGGUCCUUGUGCAGAGAGCCAGAUGUGACACUGAGCUUAAGUGACAGCGACCUUCUGGCCAUGUUCCAGGGCGAGCUACAACCAUUUGCAGCUUACACCAGUGGCAGACUCAAAAUCCAAGGAGACAUUAAGACUGCCAUGAAGCUGGAAGAACUCAUAAAGUUACUUAAAACUAGGGUUGAAAAUCCUGAGAAAUUAGAAAGAGUACUCUAGAUUAAAAAAAGUAUCCAGCAAAAAAAAAACAGGCCAUUGUUGCAAACUCUUUUACCAUGAAGGUAGCUAGCAGCACUUGCUCCAAAAGUCAAUAAAUCUAGAAAGUCAGCAACACUGACAGCCUUUCCCUUUAUAGUCACUACCCCAAAAUUAUCAUAAUGAACAUAAACAACCAACAUGCCUAUGAGUCGUUCAUUUGGCCCGUAAAAAAAUAUUGGAUAUGCUUAUUAUAGUGCUGGCAGGAUGUGAAGAGAAUUUCAACAAAUAUAACAAUAGAUGUUUUUUGUGCAUUAUCAGAUUAUUCAUAAUCAAACAAAAGGGAAGUUAACAUGGUCAUCAGAGGAAUUUCCUUUACAAUUACCAACCAUAGCCUUAAGAAAUUAAGUUUAUUGCAUUUGUAUGUGUAUUUAUUCAAUCUUUAAUAAAUAAUUU